AUGCGGACUGCUAAAGGCAAGAAACCGAUGAGGGAGGCAGGAGAUAUAGACAAUGAAAUCGAAACGAUAUCAUCAGGAGGAAUAAGCUCCAAGAGCUUCCACAGUGUCGGAAUUCUUCCUCCCCUCGGCGCCCAUUCCAGCCGCAAGGUCAAGCUUCGUCCCUUCAUUAUCUCCCCCUUCGAUCCUCGCUACAGAGUUUGGGAAUCAUUCCUGGUAGUGUUGGUGUUCUACACAGCCUGGAUAUGUCCUUUUGAAUUCGGAUUCAUUCAGCAGCCUACAAAGCUUCUCACCAUCUCCGACAACAUCGUCAAUGGAUUCUUCGCAAUCGACAUUGUCUUGACGUUUUUUCUAGCCUAUCGCGAGCCAUCUAGUUACCUUCUUAUCGACAACCCAAAACUGAUAGCUUUGAGGUAUGCAAAAACAGGAUUGAUCUUGGAUGUGGUUUCUACAUUACCUUAUGAGCUUGUGCGGCUUGUUGUGCCUUCCAAGUUCAAUCUAUACGGCAUUUACAGCAUGCUUCGACUAUGGCGUAUCAGACGAGUUAAUUCCAUGUUCGAGAGAUUGGAAAAAGAUAAGAACUAUGACUAUCUCACCAUUCGACUCGCGAGGAUAGCAUGGGUCACUCUUUUCUCGAUUCAUUGCGGCGCUUGCGUCUUUUAUCUCAUUGCCGACAAGAACAAGGACCCGAAGAACACAUGGAUUGCACUUAUGAUGGAGGAUUUUCACCAAGAACCGUUGUGGGACAGGUAUGUUAUAUCCAUGUACUGGUCCAUCGUCACGGCAGUAACUUUAGGCUAUGGUGAUUUGCAUCCUGUGAAUACACAAGAAAUGGUGUUCGACAUUUUCUACUUGCUCUACCUCCUCGGACUGUCAUCUUAUAUCAUCGGAAACAUCACCAACUUAAUCGUGCAGUCGACCUUCAGAACUAGGAAAUACAGAGACACCUUUUAUGGCGCCAUGAGCUUUGCAAAAAGGAAUCAACUUCCUGCAAGGCUGCAAGAGCAGAUUUCAGCUCAUUUGAGCCUAAAGUAUAGAACUGAUUCCGAAGGAGUGCAGCAGCAAGAAACUAUAGAAGCACUUCCAAAAGCUAUUCGUACGAGUAUAUCUCAUUUUCUCUUCUACAACAUUGUCGAAAAGGUCUAUUUGUUCCAGGGUGUGUCGAAUGAUCUGCUCUUCCAACUGGUCUCGGAGAUGAAGCCGGAGUAUUUUCCCCCUAGGGAAGACGUCAUUUUACAAAAUGAAGCACCGACUGAUUUGUACAUUCUGGUUAAUGGAGCAGUGGAUCUUAUUUCACAAAAAAAUGGGACAGAAAGGGUUGUUGGGGAAUUGAAGACAGGAGAUGUUUGUGGGGAAGUAGGUCUCCUCUGCUACAGACCUCAAGUUUUCACUGCUCGUACGAAACGAUUGAGUCAGCUUCUGCGUUUGAGCCGCACCGGCUUCUUCAACAUCCUCCAGGCUAAUGUUGGAGAUGGAACAAUCAUCAUGAACAAUCUUCUUGAGCAUCUGAAAGAGCACAAAGAUCCUAUAAUGCACGAAAUAAUGAACCACACAGAGCAAAUGCUUGCACAAGGGAAGACAGACAUGCCUCUAAGCUUAUGCUUCGCCGCAGACAGAGGAGACGAUCUGUUGCUGCACCAGUUGCUGAAAAGAGGUUUGGAUCCAAAUGAGCUGGACAGCAACGGCCGUGGUGCUUUGAAUCUUGCAGCUUCCAAAGGCUUUUUAGACUGUGUGCUCUUGCUCCUCGACUACGGCGCCAGUCCCAACCGAAAAGAUUCUGAGGGCAAUGUUCCACUGUGGGACGCCAUAGUAGGGAGGCACGAGCAGGUAAUAAAAGUGCUCGUUGACAACAAAGCAACGCUGUCGUCAGGCGAUGUAGGCCAGUUUGCUUGCUUUGCAGCUGAGCAGAGCAACAUGGACUUGCUCAAGGAGAUCAUCAAGCGUGGAGGGGACGUGACAUCGAUGAGCAGCUCAGGAACUACAGCUAUGCACACAGCAAUAUCUGAAAAUAAUUUGGAAAUAGUUAAGUUCUUGAUCGAUCAAGGAGCUGAUAUAGAUAAACCAGAUGAGCACGGUUGGACUCCUCGGGCCUUAUCCGAGCACCUAGACCAUGAAGAGAUCAAUGCCAUAUUCAAAACCAAGCCAAUUUCAGAGAACAAGAGCACUUCAAGCCAGAAAGUCGAGGCACCACCUGUUGGCGACGAGGCCCCUUACUUGAUGAAGAAGUACAGUGAUCCCAAUGUACCUCCCGUGAGAAGAAGGCCAAGCUACUUCCAGAAUUCGCUCGCGGGGAUUAUCACAACAGGGCACAAACAAAUCCAAGGUGGAAAGGCCGUGCUGUGGUCUUCUGCAAGUCAUGGUGUGCAGAAGAAACACGGCGACAGAGUCACUGUAAGUUGCCCGGAGAGGGGCGACGCAUCUGGAAAGCUGAUCCUUUUGCCUGGAACACUCGAAGAGCUCAAGGAAUUGUGUCGUCAAAAGUUUGGUUUUCUUCCAGCCAAGAUUCUAACCAAAACAGGAUAUUUGGUCGAGGACUUGGCUGUGGUAAGAGACGGCGAUCAUCUUGUUCUUGCAGGCGAAGGAGCUACCUGAGCCGGAGCCGAUUUUAGCUAUAACACUUAGUGAAGGAAGAACAAUAUCUUGAACUUGUGUUUUAGAAUUUUUGUCAAAUGCAAUUUUCCCCCUGCAUUGAAUUUACAUUAAAGAAGAGUCGAGUUUUUCAGAUUACAGACUGAUUGAUAGAUAUAGGCAAGAAAG